AUAACGGCUUCAAUUAAACCAAUAUGUUUCCGCAUCCCAUUAAUAAAAUGGACAAAUUUCAGGGAUCCAUAUAUUGCUCCACAUAUCAUAAAUCGCCACUCAAAAUAGGCCAAGAAAAAAGCGGCAGUCAAAAGACCGGAGCGUGCAGAACUCCAAGAAUUCCCAGCACCGCUGCCCAGUUACUCAGUUCUUUUACAGUUGAUCACCUAUAAUCGAAGCAAGGCACGGCGGCGUUCGUUGAGUCUUGCGUACUUCUGGCCAAGCAGAUAAGCACCACAUAUCCAAAGUGGCGACGAUUUACUAAACCGGUGUAUGACUCGAGACUUGAGAACUCCCUGAUUCACAAGGUCUUCAGAAGUUUAAACAGCCUGAGAACCUCAUCUGUCUUGACGUUUCUCUUCCCACCCAUUUCGCUUUGUAGUAUAUCGCAUUUCUACCACCUAAGUUCGUUCCUUGCGCUAUCACUGUACCGCAAACCUAUGGUCUCUUUCUUCCGUUCCUCGCGCUCAGGUUCCUCAACCCAAGCACCUUCAUCAGAACUCAUUUCGCCCACUUCUAGCGCAUCGCAUCGUUUGUCAUCAGCCCCAUCUUUCGGAGGGCCCUUUAUACCGGAGAAUGGCGUCUUCUCACCCGGCCUUUUCUCGUUUCACGAAGGAAGAGGUCGUGCCAGAAUAUCACCCCCCCCAUCGCCGUUGUGUUCAUCACCGCCUCCUGUCGAAAGGCGGGCAAGCGAACCAGUGGGCAUUGACAAUGCUGCGAGCGAACAGGAUAGACUUCCUGGGUACACUCUUAAUGCCUCGACCCCAGCCCAGAGUCAGGCUACUGCGGCGCCUAUACCCACUUAUGAAUCGGCUCUGACCCAGGGAAUAUCCUCCCCAUUCUUUGCAGGAGACAGGAUAUCGGAUGAGUGGGAAGAUACCUAUAUGAGAGAAUAUUUUGGCUCGGAUGACUUCCGUGGAGAAAGGGGGGAAGGCGGACAGCCAGAAUCUCAUGUGAAUGACACAGCAGGACAUGACACAGGGAGUGAUGAAGAAGAACCUCUUCUACCACCUCAAAAUGCACGUGCCGAUCGUCGUUUCACUUUCGCUGGCAUAGACCACCGAACACCUGUGUCCGAUGGGAUAGUGGAACCUCCUGUGCUCGAGACAUUGAGUCCUCCAGCCGGAGCACUGUUACCACCUGUUUACAGUCCAGAAGUGAGGACGGACGAGUUGAUGCUAGUCUCCACCGCUCACCUUUCGCCUGACCAUCCGGCAUCGGCAUUCUUCAAUGCCAUCUCACUCAACCCUUCUCUUUUCGACGGAGAAGAGGCAGCCAGCCCUGUACCAUUACCGAUACCUUCUCAGACACCCGAUGCGACUGGAGAAAGCAAUCAAGUCACUGGUGAGAGAUCUGGUGUAAUGACUGGCGGUAAGAAGUUGAACUUGACGAUUACGAGUACCAAUGCUCGACGAUUGAAUGCGAACAAUACGGGCCCCUUGUUCAUCAAGAUAGGAAGAGCAGGGAUAGUAAGAGGGAGUAUAGUCGUGAAAGGGAUUGACCACGCUGUGGGACUUGAGGUAGCAAUUUUGGGAUAUGUCAAAACCGUAUUUUACGCCAGAGGACAGUACAACAUGAUGGAUACUCACCCCCUCGGCCGCUCUGCCGUUACGUUAUUCCCACCUCCCUCCGAAUCCACCGAACAGCAACAUCUCAAACACACCAAAGACGGCCAACUACUCAUUGAACCUGGUACCACCUUCCCCUUUGAGAUCCAGAUGCCCACAACACAUUGGCAAAGCAACGAUAUUGAUCUACCGCCGACGUGUGAGGUCUUGCAGCUUGGUUUGCAAGCGGCGGUUGAGUAUGUGCUGAGGGUGAAGGUGAAAAGGAAGGGAGGCUGGAGGAUGAAUGAAGAAUUGACGGUUCCAAUAGUAUAUCAGCCUCGAAGUUACAUCUCUCCAAGACGGUUACGUGCUCUCAUGCUAGAUGAUCAACUUAAUCCCGGUUGGCGAACGAUCCCUCUCAACGGUGGUCUUUCAUCCUCCGAUCCUACUCCUGUCCAAGCCACCCUUCUACUUCCCUCCCCGAUGAUACUCUACAUCCCCCGCAACUCUCUACCACCGGCAAUCCCUUUCCACCUCCGUUUUUACCAUCCAGCCGGAGGCUCGUUCUUGAGGAACUUUACCGACCCGCGGGAAAGCACUAUUAUCGUGCGGCUUCAGCGUGUGGCUACUGUGAGGGUUGAUAGUGGUAGAGAGGUACGGAAGAGUGAGAUACCGAGUCAGGUGCUUGUAUGGGAAGAUGGAGGGGAGAAAGUGGAUUUGGGAGAAGUACAGAAAGAGAGAAGGGAAAAGGAGAAAGAAAAGGAGAAGAAAGGGGUAAGAGGGAAGAGGAGGAAAGCAUCGUCCGGUGAUGGACCCGGACAGGUGGCUACGCCAUCUUCACAAGCCGGUGGGACAGAACAAGGCCGUGGAAGAAAGUUUUCAUUUGUAGAUGGAAAAGUGGGAUCCGUAUUUCGACGUAAAAGCUCAACACCGUCAGGUCCUGUAUCCACAACCACAACCACAACCGCAUCCAGGACUGUCCCAACUUUUGCAUCUUCACCCCGAACUGAUCAUACUUUGCUCUCCUCAUCUCCUAUAGCGGAGCACUCUCUGUCUUCAUGUGUGACCAAUACAUCAUCUCCCGGUGGCCAUGACUCCCAUAUCAACACCAGCUCGACUGCAUCGGCAUCCACCUCAUCUACCCAAACGCAACUUUCAUCCCUCUCAGCCACCGACAUUCAGCUACACGGCCUCCUCACCCUCCGCUCCAAUCAUUCUUCUCAAUCUACCAACUGCGCAAAUGAGCACCACCUGAACCCAUUCGGGCAAGACCCUCGACAACCCGAGGGUAUAUCAUCAGACCUAAAGUCAAAGCUUAUACAGAGCUUCAGCACCCCCGAGAUUGCGAUCACGUAUAUAAUCCAGAUAGGGGUGCAGCCCAAGGGGAGUGAAGGUUCUGGAGGGAAGUUGAGGGAUGGGCAUGUGUGGGGUGGGGGACUGGUGGACGUUGUUUGGGGAUAAAUGGCAAGAGGGGAUGAUGCGCAGGGUGAAUACGCUAUUUGUAUCAUAUUUAUGUCAAUAUUACAUAGGUUUGGGUUAUCUCUUGGUGUAUGAUG